AUGGCUAAAGCAUCAUUUGCACCAAAUCCUCUCUUGUGGCACAUUCAGGAUCUCAAUCAUCAGGUGUGGGUCGUUCAGGACCAGACCCUGACAGCAGUGCCAAGGAAGCACAGUAUGGUUCCAGCCACUAUUAGCUUAAUUCCAUGCCAAUAUCUGGAGACUCUUGAGACAGAAAAAGGAAUACCCACGUACUUGGGAUUGGAUAAACCAGAUGUUUGCCUCUUCUGUACAAAGACCAGAGAGCAGCCCAUGUUGCAGCUGGAGGACAAGAACAUCAUGACCCUGUACCACCACUCCGAGCCUGUGAAGCCCUUUCUCUUCUAUCACAGUAAGAGUGGCAGGACCUCAACCUUCGAGUCCGUGGCCUUCCCUGGCUGGUUCAUUGCUGUCUGCUCCGAAGGCGGCUGCCCACUCUUUCUGACCCAAGAUCUGGGAAAAGCCUACACCACGGACUUUGAGUUAAUGCCUGUGGAUUAA